GCAAUUCUUCUUUUCCAAAAAAUGAGCAGUCGAGGCAAAGCAACCGGCAUUGCCGCCCUGUUCGCAAGGCAAGGAGCGAAAUCCAAGGACACGACACAGGCAUCCUCAGCGACUCCAGCGCAGAAUCCCGCGCCGUCUAUGCAGGUUGCAGAGCAGGCAUCAGCGGCAGUCACAAGCAAGCGAUUGGCGGAUCCCGUCGAGGAGCCCCGAGUUGUUGCAAAGUCACCGAGCAAAAAGCCAAGAAUCGUGUCUGAGCGCGAUGAGGACAUCACUCCCUUCGCAGCGCCGCACACCAAGGUGGUCAUCACGAGUAACAAAGACAAGGCUCGACAGGCAAGCAGAGAGGCCGAGCUGAAGCGUCUCGAGAGCCUGCACGAGCCAACGGUGGUUGUGCCGGUUGUCGCUUCGCUCGAAACUCUAAUCACGCCGCCGUUGUUGGUGGCUGAUGGAACCGAGGACAUGUCUUCUCAGAGCUCGUUCUUGGGCGUGGCACCCCGCGCAGCGUUUGCCAUUGCCAUGCCUGCACUCGCCGUCCCUGAAGGUGCCGAGGACAUGUCUUCACAAAGCUCCUUCUUUGGCGUGGCACCUCGAGCGGCGGUUGCCAUUGCGAGGCCUGCACUGACCGUUCCUGAAGGUGCCGAGGAUAUUUCGUCUCAAAGCUCGUUCUUUGGCUUCCCGGUCGGAUCUUCUUGUGUGAUUUCCUCUCCUCCGAAAGUGGGCGCCGCUUCCACUCCAGACCUGGUCGAGGCUGCCGAGCCGAUGGACGUUUCUGCCGACGAGGGCACCCCAGUGACCGAAACCAACAAUGGCGGUCGCCCACGGCGCACAGCUGCCAAGAAGGCUGUCGAUCGGCUUGCGAAAGGAGAGCAAGACGACGGCCUUGAUGCCGAGCCCGCAGAAGAGGCCACAGAGGCGGCAGACGCAGAGGAGCCUGAUGCCAACGAAAACCAAGAUGCACGCGAAGCUCGCAAGCUUGCCGCUGCCGCCAAGCGCGCCGAGAAGGACGAGGCUGCCAAGCUGGCCAAAGCCGAGGCCGCCCGCCGAAAGGAGGAGCUGCUUCGCCAAAAGGAAGACGCAAAGCGGCAAAAGGACGAACAAAAGCUUCAACGCGAGCUGGAAGUGCAAAAGAAAAACCAAGAGCGCGAAGACGCCAAGAAGCGCAAGGAGGACGAGAAGCGACAAAAGGACCUUGCCAAGGAGGAAGAGCGUGUGCGCAAGGAGGCUGCCAAGGCCCAGCAGGAAGCCGAGCGGGCCAAGCGCAUUGCCGAUGAGGCCGCCCUGAAGGCCAAGCGAGAGGCAGACAAGGAAAACAAGCGACUCGCGGAUGAGGCUGCCAAGGCCAAGGCCAUUGAGGACGAACUGGCCAAGAAGAAGCAAGCCGAAGCUCGAUUUUUCGGAAUGCUCAUGAAAGGCAGCAGCGGCGCACCUCAGACCACCAACCCUGUGAAGGCUGUGUCGGAGGAGGCAACGGUCGAGACCAAGGCAAAGGACAACAAGAACAAGCCCAACGAGGCCCCCUGCGUCCGCAUCAAGUGGACGGCGGAAGAUACCCAGCGCCUUGACACCCUGCUGGCACUGCAAGCUUCCGCGACACCCACCUUCCUUCACGAGGCCAAGCUUCGUGCUCGCGAGUUGAAGCGUCGUUGGCACGCGAGCCGACGCGAGUUGGUUCGUCGACACACUUCUAUUGCUACUGCUGCCGAAACAGAGGCGAUGGCCGUUGACAAUGACGAUGAAGUCGCACCAGUGACCGUUUGUCCCGAGGUGACUGCUCAACUCGAUCGAAUUCUUGGUCGGCCUGUUGUCGCCCGAACAAACCCUCCGCUGAUCCAUGGCGACCGGAUUGUGCAAAUGCGCCACAUCCAACACGACGGCUCAAUCCGUCCGCCGUACUUUGGCAGCUGCAUGCACGUGCCCAAGUUUGCCAACCCUCGUCGACCAUUCCUGCCCGAUCCCGAGUACAACUACGACGAUGAUUACGACUCGGACCAGGAUUGGGACGAGGCGGAUGCCGAGAUUGGCGAGUCUCUCAGCUCGUGCGAAGAGGACGAGGAGGAAAUGGAGGCCACGGCUGGUCUGGGCGAGUUGAGCGACUUUGCUCCUCGCUCCAAGAAGGCCGAAAAGCGCAAAGUCUCCCGCGAAGAGGACGAGCUCGCCAUCGACGAGGAGAUGGACGAUUUUGUCGUGCCUCAUGGCUAUCUUUCUGACGACGAAGGCGUGGACGCCGCUGCCGACGAAGAUGACGCCGACGACGACCUUGGCGAGUUUGCCGACGACGACGCCAGUGACGAUGAAGGCAGCGACGACGACACGUCUGCGGAUGACGCCGACCAACCCACCCCCAGCAAGCCUGCCGCGUCACGCAAGGCACAGCCCAGCUCGAUGCGCGUGGAUUCGGACGACGAGAGUGCAGCGGCGCCGGCUGAACCACGUCUCUCGACCAAGCGCACACACAGCGAAAGCCAGAGCGGCGAAGCAAACGCAGCCGAGGAGGCUGCAGCGCGCAAAAAGCGUCACCUGCAAGCGGCCGAGCUCGAGCUCAAGAAGCGAGCACAAAACCUAGUUUCCCUCAAGAUUGGUGUCUUGUUUGCGCCGUACGCCCCUCCUUCCGACGAAAGUGUCAUUGCUCGUCUUCCCGCAGGAUUGCCGGCCAACAAGAUCUCGCGGGCUGUCGCCUUGUCCAAGCAAAAGACCUUGCAGCAGUUCCACUUCCUGGCCAAGUUUGCUGUCAAUCCCCUGUUUGACUUUGGCGCUGAGGGUGUUGAUCCCUUCAACUUUGCCCCUCCCGCUGCUUUUGUCGCGGCAACCACCGGCGAGUCGGCCAACCCAGCCGAGCCCGGCGAAGCAGCGACCCUGAAUUCCAACGUGAAGGCUUUCACGGACGACUUGCUGCCCGAGCUUGUGCGCAUGGUCCACGGCACGAGUCGCGGCGUGGAUCCCAUCGGAGCCGAGUUUGUCACUCGGCAUCCCGAGGUCAGCAAGCGUCAAACCAUCAAGAAGCUGCUCGACAUUGCCGUCAAGGAGGUCCGGCCAGCCAUCUCUAAAAAGCCACUGUUCUUUGUCAAAGACCAGAUGCUUGCCUCUCUGGGUUUGGAGUCGUUGCAGCCCGCGUACUUUGCCGAAACUGCUGCUCGCAAGGCCAAGCAGGAGGCCGAGCGGCAGCAGCGCCAACAGCUGGAUGCAACCAAGGAACCACAGCAACCACAAGAUGCGCAGCAGCCCACGACACCGAUGGAUUCAAAGCGACAGCAGCUCACGCCGCCGACCUCCGGUGACAAGCAAAAGCGCCCCAGGAAGCGCCCGUCGCCUACCACUGCAACGACCAAAGAGCUCUUCCCGCUUGCAUCAUUCCUCUCAUCAGCUGGCACGCAGCGUCAAGCCCCGAGUCAUUCCGAGCAGGCCAUGACGAUCGAGUCCGUUGUCGAAGGCAGCCAAGGGUUGAUCACUCCUGCCAGCAGCCCAGCAGGUCAAAAGGUGAUCGCCUUGUGAAUUGUGAAGAUGUGAUUUGUUGGUUGUCGUCGUUGUUGUUGUUGUCGUUGCUGUUAUUGUUGUCGUUGCUGUUAUUGGUUUGUGAGGAGCGGAGCUUUUCAAGGUGCGCAUUGUUUUUGUCGUGAAUUAAAAUGCCAAACAAAGUACACGAAC